UCGAGAAUCCAUGACGGCGAAGGGCAGAGCUGUCAUCUUCUUCUGCCUCAUCGCUCUGGCUGGCGCGAUGUUUAAAAAGACAGCGAGGCAGCUGGUGAUUUCUGGUGAGCACAGCCAGAGAUCUAGCGUCUCUGGGAAUGGGAAUCGAAGCCGUCUGGACUCAGGUGGAAACCUUAGAAACUUCGGCAGCACCGGGGCCACUGGCAUUCUCAGAGCCGCAGAGACUCCAGUGACCCCGGAACUGCUGGCUGCGCAGCCGCUGAAGUGGAUACACAUACCAAAGUGUGGGACUUCUUUGUUGAAUGCGUUGAUCCAUCUUCCCGGUGUUUGCCCUGGGGUAGACGACUCUUUCCAAGUGAGCUCCGACGUACUUGGGUUUCACUUCGAACUUCAUUUCGACCGUAAAUGCCGGCACGUCUGCGAUGGCACGAAGUUCUUGUGCCUUACAAAAUCCAAUGGAACCAAUGGGCCGCAGUACAAUACACAUAUGGGUAUCGGCGGCGAGUACGAGCUCCUCAGAGGCCACAUCGUGACCAUGUUCCGAGAUCCGAUACAGCGCAUCUUCUCUGCCUGGACCGACCCCGUGUUUUCGCACGGAGCUGGGCAUGAAAGCUUCCUCGAAUAUGUGCAUUCAGAGGCGCAUGCUUUGACAUGUCAGAUCAUGGGAGAUGGGAUCAUGGAUCCACUGCCAAAGUUCUGCAAGAAUAUGACCGAAGCAGAUGCAAGACUGGCACUGGUCAGGAUUCGGGAAGGCUUCGCAUUUGCUGGGAUUGUGGAGGAAUGGGACCUCUCCAUCUGCCUCUUCCACCGUAUGUUUGGGGGAGAUUGUCUCCACUCGGAGUUCAUGGACAGCAGGCCGACGUUUCCUGGAGAGACGACUUACCACAGGUACGACACGUCUGAGCUUGGAGGGUAUGAUGACCCAGUCGACCGACUCCUCUACAACGGAGCCAAGGAGCUCUUCUUUGAGAAGCUGAGGGAAUACAAUGUGUCCCACGAGUCGUGUCAGCCGUGCUAUGCACAGGCACAGCUGCAGAAAACUUGA